AUGAGUCACCUCUCCCCGCACCGGGACGCACUGCGCACGCGCCACCGCGUCGUUGAGGAAGUCCACUGGCGCCUGGCGCACAACGCGAAGAGCAUUCCUUCUGAUUCCUCUGUAGGGAGUCCGAGCGGCGUCAGCGCGUUCAGGGCGGCCUCGCCGAGGUCGCACGUGUACGCUGACAACCUCUCCCGCUACAGCUCGUCGAGCGGUAGCCUCAGCAGCGCCGCAGGAACAGGAGGCGGCCUGCCGCCGGCUAAGAAGACGUGCUCAUCGCCUGGGCACGUGUUCACCGAGCUCGAGUCGACGCCGUUUCUCACCACCUCCAGCGCGCCGGCCGCCGUCGGGAACGGGUCGCAGGCGUCCAGCUCCGCACUGCCUGAGCAGCGCUCUAGAGACGCCGCAAGCGAAGAAUCUUUCGACGCAGGUGGCGCGCAGCGGCGCGCGCCGGCCUCGGCAUCUGCGUGUCUGGAAAGGAGCGAGGAGAGCAGUGGAGGUCGCGGCAGCGCACAUGAAUCUGCGUACUUCGUGAACUCGCAUUUCCCCAGAGGCGCGGACGCGGCCCGGUAUCAGGACAGCGCACUUGGCGAGCAUUUUCGGCGGACAAGCGGAGGAAGUCUCGAGUUCUCUUCCUCCAUAUCGCGGCGCCGUCCCCUGCCAGGCGCUGCGUCUCACAGCCUGGCGCUCGCGUCGCCCACAGCCUCGACUCCGUCGGGCGCCGGCAGCGGCGAGCGGGGCCCAGGCCGCGGCGGACACGGAGGGACUCCCGGGUUGGGAGGCGUCAGAGUCUGUGGAGCCCACGAGGGUCAGUACGCAAGCGGCAGCUCCCACUCGGUUUCCUCAGGAGGAAUUUCCAAGAAAGGUCAAGCGCGGCUGCUCCACGCCGCGCUGAAUUGUGCGGUGGGACGCGGCAGUGACUUCCCGUCGUCUUCGCACUCCGCAUUUGGGCACGGAGGCCACAGUGCAUCCAGCCGGAGCGCUGGAGAAGGCGCCAGAGGCGAGAGGAGGCUGGAAAGCCCCGCGAGUGCGGGGGCCGUGGAGCCCACGCUCGGGGUUGACCGUGACAGCCCAGCGGCAUCGACUGAUGCACGAGGCGGCGAGAGGGACGAAAGGUAA